GCAAGAACAGAAUGCUACUCCAACUCUUUCCCUUAGUUCUAUCAAUUCCCGUUAUAAUUUCAUAUUCCCUGUUGGAUGAACUACCCAUAGCCAUAGGAAAAGUUCCCUGGCAGGCUUCGGUGCAAAUAAAAGGCCAACAUCAUUGUGGAGGAGUAAUAUAUAGUGAUGAUAUAGUCCUAACUAUAGCCGAAUGUGUGAGGAAAACCAAUGUGAAAUACAUCUCAGUGCGAGUGGGUUCUCCCUUGAAAAACUUGGGAGGUAUUGUGGCAAAUGUGAAGAAAAAGAGGAUGCAACUGAUGACUAUACGAUCCAGUGAUGUGGUAAUACUUCAGUUAACCACACCUUUAAAAUUGGGUGGCAAUGUCAGAGCUAUUGAGUUGGCCACUUCAGUACCAUCUCCUGGAACUAAAGUCACUGUUUCGGGAUGGGGACAACUCUCAACCUUGGUUCCCUCAUCGGAAAUAUUAUUAAGAGUGAAUCUUAAGAUAGAAAACCAGAUGAAGUGCACUGUUCAACAGGCUAUAAAAGGAAGAUUUCUAAAUUUGGACGAGAUCUGCGCUGCUCCCAGGGGAAUUGUACCCCUCGCCUGUCAAGGAUUCGUGGGAGGUCCUUUGGUUUCCGACAAUAAACUCAUUGGAAUCGUUUCCUGGCACAACUCUUGUGACUUCCUCAAUACUCCCAGUGUGUUCGCCAAUAUUCCCUGGCUUAAAACAUGGAUUGAUACCACUGUUCGACUAAUAAAAACAUUUAACCUAGGAUUAUAAACCAGAUUGAUGUAAUCACUACUGGUACUUAAGUACCUUCC